AUGGAAGCAGCAAGUUUAAGUCUCUCUAAUCUUUGGUUUGGAUUUUUACUUGGCCUUCUCUGUUUUCUUGAUAAUGAUUCUUUUAAAAAUGAUGUGAAAGAAGCAGCAACCAAAUAUUUGCUGCUGUCUUCCAUAAUCAUAAGAAUAUUGUUUGCUUUCGUGCAGAGGAUAUGUGGCUGUAUUCAUCAUCGACCAACUUUGCUGACAACAGUUGAAUUUCUUGAGCUGGUUGGAUUUGCAAUUGCCAGCACAACCAUGCUGGUCAAAAAAUCCAUGAGUAUUAUCUUGUUGGUGGUGGCUUUGGCAAUGCUGAUUAUUGACUUACGGAUGAAGUCUUUCCUGGCAAUUCCAAAUUUGGUAAUCUUUGGAGUCCUUUCCUCUUGGCUAUUUUUUCCAUCCCUACUCAUACCAACGAACCCAUUCGCCUUGGGAUGCUUUUUCAGCUGUCUAAUAACGGAUCCUCUUCUUGACAUUUACUUCAGUGGACUUUCAGUUACAGAACGUUGGAAACCCUAUUUGUAUCGUGGUAGAGUAUGCCGGAGAUUUUCAGUCAUAUUUGUUGGCCUUAUCGAACUUAUUUAUUUCAUUCUUUCAGCCCUGAAACUAGGCGAUUUGGAUGUCUGGUAUUUUGUGAUACCUGGCUUUUCCAUUUUUGGAAUUUUCUGGAUGGUCUGCCACAUCAUUUUUCUUAUAACUCUCUGGGGAUUUCAUACAAAAUUAAAUGACUGCCACAAAAUAUAUUAUACACACAGGACAGAGAACAACAGCCUUGACAGAGUUAUGGCAUCAAAAGGAAUGCGUCAUUUUUGUUUAAUUUCAGAGCAACUUGUAUUUUUUAGCCUUCUUUCAACAGCAGUUUUGGGUACUGUAUGUUGGCAGGUAUGUUAUAAUGGUUUUACAUCCUCUUCUGUUACUCUUAAAAUGGGGGGAUUUUGUAUCAAAAUUCAUGGCAUGUAGCAAGUUACUGCAUCUGAUGUGUAGUAGAGUCCCUGAACAUACCAAACAAGCAACCCAAUCAGAUGGGUGGCAUAUAAAUAAUACAAUUACUAUUAUUAUUAUCAUCAUCAUUAUUUUGUUCCACCGUGGCUUAGAUGAACUGCAAGAUGUGGCCAGUUUACAGCAAUGGAAUGAAGACACCAGAUGAUGUUACUUUAUGCUCAACAUAAAGUAAAUGACAAUUUGUAUGAUAGUUUGGAAGCUAGUUUUAUUUUAGAGUGCAUACACAAGAGCCCUUCAUUUUUCCAUAUAGACAUUAAUUGCAGCCGUGGUGGGGAAAGCUAAAUAUGGUCAUUCUUAACUAUCCCACAAUAAGUUUGCAAUGCUACCAUUUUUGCUACCAUGAAUAUUUCAUUUUGGAACUGGAAAGGUAGCAUGUAAGUUUUCUAAUAAGCAACAAUAAAUCAAUAUAUUUUGCUAUUUUCAAGGUUGUUUUCAUGUUGCCUCAUGCAAUCCAUUAUAUACUUCCACACAGUAAUCUUGUUAGCACUACAGUUUAUAUACUGAACUAUUUACAGUAGGGUUGCUGAGGAAAAAUUGUGAAUUACAGAUUUUUCAUUUAUAUGUGCUAAUUGCUAUAAUAUAGCUAAUGGUUGCAUUUGUUUUUAUUUUAGAAAUUCAAUGGAAUCUUCAUGAGUGUGUUUCUGAUUGUCUUGCCACUAGAAUCCAUGGCUCAUGGACUAUUUCAUGAACUGGGCAACUGUUUGGGAGGAACAUGUGUUGGCUAUGCAGUUGUGAUUCCUACCAAUUUCUGCAGGUAUUAUGCCUUACAAGUCAACAGUUAAUGCAGACGUCUUAUUAGGUGAAGUUAUUAGACCAACUUCAGUCUCUCCCUCACCAACUAAAUACAGUGGUACCUCGGGUUACAUACACUUCAGGUUACAUAUGCUUCAGGUUACAGACUCCGCCAACCCAGAAAUAGUACCUCUGGUUAAGAACUUUGCUUCAGGAUGAGAACAGAAAUCGCACGACGGUGGCGCAGUGGCAGCGGCAGGCCCCAUUAGCUAAAGUGGUGCUUCAGGUUAAGAACAGUUUCAGGUUAAGAACGGACCUCCAGAACGAAUUAAGUACGUAACCAGAGGUACCACUGUACUAAAUACUAAUUUGUUGACUUAGAUUUGGAUUAACUUCAAACCCCCCUCUCCUUCCCCGUCUUUUGUCCUAAUGGUACUCUGAAAAGUUAAAUAUAUUGACUUAGCUCCUCAGGUGCCCUCUGUGAAAAGAAGGGAUUUAAAUCCACUGGAGGGUCCACUGGCAGAAGGAGUUUUUUGCAAGUACCCCCAUCAUGUUCUGGAAGUUCACCCAACCCUCUGGAGCAAAUUUUCAGAGUGCAUAGGAGCAGAUUUCCAGAGGGCAUAGGGAAAGCAUAGGGUUCCCCAUGCUUGCUGGCAGGAGUAUCCUGUGAGUAUAGUUACGAGCCAAACAACUAUGUGUGUGGAUGUAAUGAUUUGUCUGCCUUUCCUCCUUAACAUUUGUUAAUAAGAAAGUACACUAAACAUUAUGAGAACAAAGAGAGAGGGUUUUUUGUAGGGCAGGGAGAAGACUAAUUGGUGUAACGCCCCUGGGCAAAUGACCAGGCCUUGCUGUGUCCUGGAGACCCUGCUGAGGGACUUCAGUUCUGCAUUUGUAAGGGAGACAGAAGGAUAAAGCUGCAUCCAUCUGUGUGCGCUGUGCUGUGCAACCUCAUCUUUGUGGAAUGGGGGUUGCUGUUGGAGUGAACAUGGAGAAGAAGAGGAUGCGUAAAGCUCAUCAUGGUUGUGGAGCACAGGGUGGGUGAUCACCUCCCGAACUCUGUUUAUAAGACCAGUUAAGUUAGUUAAGCAUGUACCAGACAGCUAAUUAAAUUGGUAGGUAAUACAGGAUUAAAGGGACGCAGGUGGCACUGUGGGUUAAACCACAGAGCCUAGGACUUGCUGAUCAGAAGGUCAGCGGUUCGAAUCCCCGCGACGGGGUGAGCUCCUGUUGCUCGGUCCCUGCUCCUGCCACCCUAGCAGUUCGAAAGCAUGAAGUAGAUAAAUAGGUACCACUCCAGUGGGAAGGUAAACGGCGUUUCCGUGCGCUGCUCUGGUUCGCCAGAAGUGGCUUAGUCAUGCUGGCCACAUGACCCAGAAGCUGUACGCCGGCUCCCUCGGCCAAUAAAGCGAGAUGAGCGCCUCAACCCCAGAGUCGGUCACGACUGGACCUAAUGGUCAGCGGCCCCUUUAAAAAAGGUAAAGGUACCCCUGCCCGUACGGGCCAGUCGUGUCCGACUCUAGCCCUUUACCUUUACCUUAAUAGAGGAUUAUUUACCACCUAAAUGAGAACUGUUUAAGUAGUACAGAUCUUCUCAGUGAUUUAGAGACCUGUUUUAAGACACUUGUAACUGAACAUUCUAAAUUAAACUAAGUAAGUCCGCACAGUGGUGAAGUGGUUCAAAGCUCAGCUGUGGGUAGUGAACAACGUAACACAGGAGUAACUUCCAUUGUUGCAACAUAAGGACUACCUCCAUUAAUGACCAAAGCUGAUUUCUCCUUUUUUUUUCUUCUCUCCCCUCUGCUUCUUCUAGUCCUGAUGGCCAAGCAACACUGCUUCCACCUGAGCAUGUACAAGAGCUAAAUUUGAGAUCCACUGGCAUGCUUAAUGCCAUCCAAAGGUUCUUUGCGUAUCAUAUGAUAGAGACUUACGGCUGUGAUUAUUCAACAAGUGGACUUUCUUUUGACACCCUUCAUUCUAAGUUAAAAUCUUUUCUUGAACUUCGGACCCCUGAUGGACCCAGACAUGAUACCUAUGUGUUAUAUUACAGUGGCCAUUCUCACAGCACUGGAGAAUGGGCACUUGCAGGUAUUCUACGUUUGAAGCUUUUCAUAAUUCUGAUUUCUUUGUCUUUAAGAAUAUUUAAGUCUUAAGAUUAGAUACUUGAUAUUUAUGAAAUUUAUAAUCCAUUUGAAUCAUAAAUACUAUGAGUAUUUAUGGUAGAGGGAGUAGAAAGGGUUUUAAAAUCUCAUUUGUGCAUUUGAUUUAUAAAGUGUUAGAAAUUUUCAUAUGGAAUCUUAACUAAUUAUUACACCUUUUGAAAAGUUGCCAUGGAAGGUGCAUAUUCAUUCAAAACACCACAAUAUUUUGAAUUUUGCCCUUAUUAGUUUCUUAGAAGAGUUUCCAGACUACAAAACCAGCACAAACAGCUUGGAGUGAGAUGUUAUUUGCUCUUCUUUCAUGUUGUAUUAUUUCUGGGUUUUUCCCAAUUUUAUACUAUUCCACCUUUGCAGAUGCAUUAAUGGAAAUGGGCCUGCAGUAGUAUAACUGAAGAAUCUAAGCUAGUGUCUGUUAUACAAUAGUCAAAACUGGAAAUUGCAAAUGAGUGCAAGAUUAUUGCCUCAAUUUCAGUUAGUUGUAGCUGACUAAAAGCACUCCAUGCUGCUGCUGUUAUCUGAAGAGGCUUAACACAAAGUUCGGAGCAGUUAUAAUCAAAAUGUCAAGAGAAAGUGAUAACGGAGGAACAGGAAGAAGUUCCUUGACAGUCAUAUGCGAAGCUUGUAUUUAGGCACUUCACAGAAUUUGCAUUAAAGAAAAUAUGGCAUAGUCAGAAGAAGGAAAGGGGCACCAGUGACAGAUUGAUUUUGAUCAGUUUACUUAGCUCUCGCAGUGAAAACCAUAGCAUACAGUCUAUCCCUGCUUUUUGAAUACAACCAGAAUUCAGAACUGAAGAGUGGCUGAUAUUGUAAGUGUGCCACUUUUAUCAGUCCUUGAUGUCCUGUGCUAGGUAGAACAUGCCGUCAUUAACGGUAUGUAUCCUGCAGGAGAGGGGAGGUAAGAGAAUUUCAGCUCAUGCCCAGUUCUUUGGAUUCAAGACAGUGUAUUGAGUCUCCUACCUCUGGAGAAGAUUAAAAAGAAUUGGUGAGAAUGAAAAUCUAAACAUCAAGUUAAUAUUCAAAUAUGAACAGGAUCCUCUGAGGAAUAGCUCUGUGUAGCAGAGCAGCAUAGACUUGGGACUCUAAUGACAUCUUUAAGGAAGGUUUACUGUAUUGGACUUGUCUAAUGAUGUUAUUUCAUUGUUGGAGGCUUGGUAGUUUAACAGUGGUGUGUAAAAUAAACUGCUAAGUAGUCAUAAAUAAACCAUGAGCAGCAAAACAGCUUGGAAAGUUGAGUUCACUGACUGAACGCAGCGUCAAGGUUUGGGCAGUUAAGCUUUGUCUGUAUUACUGGAACUGCCUGCUUAACUGCCACCUCUUCAAAUGUGCAUGUAUAAUAAUGUAUUCUGCUUAGAAUUACAGCACUUGUUUGGAGCAAAUACAGUGGUGCCCCGCAAGACGAAUGCCUCGCAAGACGGAAAACUCGCUAGACGAAAGAGUUUUCCGUUUUGGAGGUGCCUCGCAAAACGAAUCUGCUAUGGGCUUGCUUCGCAAGACGAAAAUGUCUUGCGAGUUCCUGGGUUUUUUUUCUUCUUUUCCCCCUCUUUUUCUAAGUCGCUAAGCCGCUUAUCUGCUUAUCCGAUAAGCUGAUAAGCUGCUAAAAGCCGCUAAAAGCCGCUAAUAGCGCUAAUCCGCUAAUCCGUCAAUGGGCUUGCUUCGCAAGACGAAAAAACCGCUAGACGAAGAGACUCCCAGAACGGAUUCUUUUCGUCUUGCGAGGCACCACUGUAGAGAAAGCAGGAAGUAGCUAUAUUGUGUUAAGAGAAGUAUGUGGACAGUUUGUUUUAUUUAAAGAUUCUGAUCACAGCACAUGAUUUGGGGGGGGGACGGGACGUGUGUGCUUUUCAAGUAGUGUUUCCUUACUUAGGCCCAGAAACACUUCUGAAUAUAAUCAGCAGUGUUCUUUCAGGAUUUUGAAACUAUUAUUGGAGAGACCCCAGAACAUCAAUAUUUUAGCAAUAUUACUUGAUAGCAUUCACUCAGUUCCCGAAAUGCACAAACAAAGGGAGAUUUGCCAUUUAUCUUGUUCAUUACAAAUGAAUUACUGGAAUCUUUAUUUAUUUAUUUUUUAAAAUAAUUUUUAUUAAAUAUUUUCUUGGUUUACAAAAGUACAUGGAUUGUUUCUUAAACAAGGUAGUAGCACUUUGUGAAUUAAUUAAAUAAGAAAAUUCCACUGGAAGCUGACCAUUUUUCUAGACUAGCGCAACUGAGGAGUUCAGAGCUUUGUUUUGUUUUUCUUCUUUUAUCACAGCUCCUAAAAGAACUGAUGAAAGCCCUAGGGCAACAUCUCUCCUAAUUAAAAGUCAGCUGCUCCCACGAGUGGCACUUCUGCUACUUAAGAGUUAGGGUGGCUGCUCCAGUUACUUCUGGUUAUAUAUCAUGCUGCUUCUUUUAGGAUCAAAAUGGAAAUUCCUAGCAAGAGCAUGGAAACCUGGUCAUGCCGAAGGCAUCUUGCUCAUUUUAGAUGCAUGGACUUUUAGUGAAGGGUCACAGUUUUUAGACAUUUGCAAGGGAUUAAAAAGCUAAGCAGAAGUGAGUUUUUAAGUGGUUCCUGAAUGCCUUUACUAAGUUAGUGCCAAAAGCAUGAAUUUCUCAGCUAUGAUCAGAAUUAACCAUAGGUGCAAGGAUUGGAGGGAUAUUUUCAGUUUCUGGUCCCAAAGAGGUAAUUAUUCUUUUAAUUAUUUUUGUCACAGUUGAUAGCUUGGGUCCUCUAUUCACCAGCAUUCACAGCUUCAAUCCAGCGUGCAUGGCACCCUUUUCAUAUGCAACCAGUCUAGAAAUUGAUCUGAAUAUGAGAACAUUGUGGAAAUUAAAUGUGUUCCGCAAGUAUUUUACAUCCUAACCUGCUGUGUUAGAAGCUAAGCUCCCAUGUGAAUGUUUCAUUUUCAGCAACAAUUAUAUUUCUGGUUUCCCCACAGGUGGUGAUGCAUUACGACUCGACACACUUAUAGAAUGGUGGAGAGAAAAGAAUGGCUCUUUUUGUUCACGGCUUAUUAUACUGUUGGACUGUGAGAACUCUCAGCCGUGGGUUAAAGAAGUAAGAAAAGUCAGCGACCAGUAUGUUGCAGUUCAAGGAGCAGAACUGGCCAAAGUCGUAGACACAGAAGAGUCAGACCUCCCGCACCUUGGUGAUUUUACUAGAGAAUGGGUUGAAUACAACUGUAAUCCUGACAACGACAUCAGCUGGUUUGAAAAAGGGCGUACUGUGAAAGCCAUGUAUGGCGUGUCAAAGCGAUGGAGUGACUACACAUUGCACUUGCCAAGUGAAAGUGAUGUUGCCAAACACUGGAUGAUAUAUUUCCCACGCAUCACUUACCCACUGAUUCAUCUGGCAAACUGGUUCUGUGGUCUUAAUAUCUUUUGGGUUUGCAAAGCUUGCUUUAGGUGUUUGAAAAGAUUUAAGAUGAAUUGGUUUCUUCCCACAGUUUUGGACACAGGACAAGGCUUCAAACUCGUCAGAUCUUAA